UCCGGCCAGGUUCCUAAUGUGCUCCCUGUCGGUGGAAAGGACUGUUUUUUCUUUUCUUUUUUCUGAAAAACUAAACCGCAGGAGUGAAAAUAUAGACUAUGCUGACACGCAUGACUGACCAUGAGUUUUUAGGAGCUUCAUAUAGACGUAGACAUGACUCUUAGCAGUCAAACCUCAACUUCUUGGGCUACCUUAGCUACUUAAAGGGAACUCGAUGCAGAUUUUUUUUUUUCAUAAAAUAAAUUACUCUUGACUUUAUGAGGACGAAAGGUUUUCCGUCCGAACUUCAUGUGCCUGCUAAAAUGCGUUUCUUCCCAGCUUUCGCCGUGCUUUUCUUCUUUACAUACGGCCUGUCCGAAGCUGCGCGCCCGGAAAAAUGCGGCUCCCGGUGCGACGUGAGCUCCUGUCCGAGCCCCAGCUGUCCCGGCGGGUACGUCCCGGACAAGUGCGGCUGCUGCCUGGUGUGUUCGCCGCGGGAGGGGGACCUUUGCGGCCGCAAGAACGACCUCCCGUGCGGGGACGGCCUAGAGUGCAAGACGCUCUCCGCUUCCGAUGCGGGGAAGCGGCGGGGCUCGUCCAGAGGGGUUUGCCGGUGUAAGCAGGACCACGAAGUGUGCGGCACCGACGGGAGGACGUACGGAAACGUUUGCAAGCUGAAAGCUGCCAGUCGGAGAGCCGUGCAGAAAGGGAGAGCAGCAGUGAGCCAAGCGCACAAAGGACCGUGUUCGACUCCGGACCCAAGUCGUUCUCUCACCCGUCCCAGCAGCCCUCGAUACAAGUUCAACUUCAUCGCCGAUGUCGUGGAGAAAAUAGCUCCUGCUGUUGUCCACAUCGAACUGUUUGUCAGACAUCCUCUGUUUGGUCGCCACGUGCGUCUGUCCAGCGGGUCCGGUUUCAUUGUGACUCACUCAGGUGUGAUUGUGACCAACGCUCAUGUGGUAACCACCACCGGCACGGUGACCGGGAGGCCGCAGCUGCGGGUCCAGCUCCACGAUGGAGACGCAUAUGAGGCUGCGGUCAGGGAUGUAGACAGGAAGGCAGACAUAGCGACCAUCAAGAUCAAUCCACAGAAGAAGCUUCCUGUCCUGUCUUUGGGCAGUUCGGCUGAUCUGAGACCAGGGGAGUUUGUGGUUGCCAUCGGCAGCCCCUUCGCCCUGCAGAACACAGUGACAACAGGCAUCGUCAGCACGGCUCAGAGAGACGGCAAAGAGCUGGGCAUCAAGGAUUCAGACAUGGACUACAUCCAGACUGAUGCCAUUAUCAAUUAUGGCAACUCUGGAGGACCUCUUGUGAACUUGGAUGGCGAGGUCAUAGGCAUUAAUACUCUGAAAGUGACUGCAGGAAUCUCCUUUGCCAUCCCCUCAGAUAGGAUCAGUCACUUCCUCACAGAGUCACAGACCAAAUAUAUCAAAGAGAAGACCCGACUGCAGAGAAGACGCAUGGAGGAGCCUCAAUCUGACACAGAAACAAAGAAGUACUUUUUAGGCAUCAGGAUGAUAACAAUCACCAAAGUUUUAAUGGCAGAGCUGAAACUUCAAGAUCCGGACUUCCCUGAAGUCAGCAGUGGCAUUUUAGUGCAGCAGGUCAUCCCUAAAAGUCCUGCUGAGAGUGGAGGCAUUCAGGCAGGUGACGUUAUAGUGAAGCUAGACGGACACCCAGUUCGCACCACUGAAGACAUCCACCAAGCUCUGCAGAGCGAUCUGCCUCUCCUGCUUGAGAUUCGCAGAGGAAACAACGACUUACUGUUCAACGUGCGCCCUCAGCUGCUGGGGCAUUGAAAAAUGGGACGGGACUUUAUUUUUCAGUUAGAGCAGUCCAGUGAGAAGAGUGAGGAUUUCAAUCGGUGUGCAGCAUUUUCAGGAAAUACAACUGCAAGCGAGCAACUUUUCCAGAUGCAUUGAUGUCUAUUGUUUUUGAUUUUUACUUUCAAAAUGUUUGUUUUGAUUUAUAUGCAGUGUCAUGUAAAAGUAUUCAUACUCCUUGGACUUUCUCAUAUUUUGUCACGUUACAGCAACAGAUUUUAAUUUAUUGUUGUUCAGUCUCAUCUUUUGCAACCAUAACCCAAUUGUAUACCGACAUUGCCUUUAUUUAAGAUAUUUUCUCACCAGGUUUCCUGUCCCUGCUCAAGAAUAGUCGUCCCAAAGCAUAAUCUUGCCACCAUCUUGCUUCAGCAUGAUAAUGUCGCACUCAGUGUGACUUUACUUUUCUUCUGCGCGCAGUAUUUUUUUUCUUGUUAAUUAAAAAGUUUCAGUCUCAUCUGACCAGGCUUGUAACAAACUGCAAUUAGGACUUUUAUGGCUUUCUUACAACAAUGUUUUCUUUCUUACUAUAAAGGCCAAAUUUAAGCCCCCCCCCCCCCCCCACACACACACACACACCUCUGUUGCUUGAUAACACCAUUUUGAUUUUAACAUAUUAGCAACUUUAUCCCUAAAAUUAUACAAAGCUGUAUUCUGUUUACUAGUCAGUGAUCUAUGGAGGCAACUGGUUGCCCUAAUACUUAGAGGUAUUAGCAUUAGCAGAAAAAUGAAAAACUGAAGGCUAUGUUUAAUUUUCUUUCCACUUCGCAAUUUAAAAACCAGCAUGUUGAUCUAUCACUAAAAUAAAAUGCACUGAAGUUAUUUAGUAUGUGAAAAUUCAGGAGGUGUGAAUACUUUCGCAAGGCCGUUUUCAUUUUGACAAAUACUGUAUGGUUCAAUACUCAUGGUGCUGCUGCUGAGUGAAAUGUGCUACACUUUAUAAUGAGGAUGCUUUAGGAAAAAAAAGAAGCUUUUUAAUCUGUGCCAGGGCAGCCGUGUGUGUUUUUCUGUCUGGUGUGCCGGACACCAGCUGCAAACUCGGUUCCACUGUUUAUGUCUUCUCAGUCCUCCUCCUUCCUCCCUGGUUUGGAAAGGCACUCUGUUAAUUUAAACAAAUCUUAGCUACCAUAUUAUAAAAACAGUACUUAUACACAUAAAA